UGCCCGUACUGCCCGUGGGUGCGGACGGACGACUGCGCCGCGCUCUGGUUCCGGCACGUCAAGUCCCACCUCGGCGAGGUCAUUCCCCCGCAGUGGGUCUGCGCGGGCGUCCCGCUCGAGCGCGCCGGCGAGUUCGGGCUGCGUCCGGGCGAGGGGGACGCGUACUGGUUCGACGGGCGGAAGAUGGUGGGCGGGUGCUUGAUGGGCUUCAGCCGGCGCGACUCGCUGCGACGGCACUUGUACGUGACGAAGGGCAGCGGGUGCGUCGGUGACCUGAAGGCGCCCUGGAUCGAGGGGAACAAA